AGGAAACAAGUUGCUCCAUUAUGUCAGAUGGUUGGACUGAUACAAGGUCAAGAACACUUGUAAAUUUUCUUGUGUAUUGCCCUAAAGGUACAAUGUUCUUGAAAUCUCUUGACUUGUCUGAUGUUCCUAAGACUGCUGAGAUUUUAUUCAAUGUUUUUGAUAAUGUUGUACAAGAAGUUGGACCUGCAAACAUUGUACAGUUUAUUACAGAUAAUGCUGCAAAUUAUAGAGCUGCAGGAGAUUUGUUAUUUCAAAAGUAUAGAACAUUUUAUUGGAGUCCAUGUGCCACUCAUUGUGUUAAUCUAAUGCUUCAAGAUCUUAAUGAGAUGCAUGAUAUGAAAUCAGCCAUUGACCAAUGUCAAGAGGUAACAAAAUUUAUCUAUAAUCAUGCAUAUGUAUUGAGUUUGAUGAGAAAAUUUACAAAAGGAGUUGAAUUAAUACGACCUGCACAAACUAGAUUUGCCACAAAUGUAUUGACUGUGCAGAGUGUGGUGAAACAAAGAACUCCUUUGAGACAGAUGUUUGCUAGUGAAGAAUGGGCUGCAUAUCCACAUGCUCAUAAAAGAAAUGCUUCUUUAGUUGUGGAUAUUAUAUUCAAUAACGUAUUUUGGGAAUCAUGUGUGAAGCUAUUGAAGGUUUGUGUUUCAUUAGUUAAGGUUCUCAGGUUGGCUGACAGCGAGGACAGACAUUCUAUAAGGUACUUAUAUGAGGCUAUGGACAAAGCAAAAGAGGCAAUUCGAGACAACUUAAAGGAAAAGAAAAAGUUAUAUAUGCCCAUAUGGAAGAUUGUAGAUAAAAGGUGGACUGGACAGCUUCAUCAACCUCUUCAUGCAGCAGCUUAUUAUCUAAAUCUUGCAAUUAGAUUUUCUCCUACAUUUAAGAAGGACAGAGAAGUCAUGCAUGGUUUGUUAAAUUGUAUUAAUGUGUUAGUGGAAGAUUCUACAGAACAAGAUGUUGUGCACAAUGAGUUGGAUCUAUAUGAUAGUUGUUUUCGGAACAUGGGACUACCUGCUGCCGUUCGAGCCAGGACAACGAUGCGUCCAGAUUUGUGGUGGAAUAGGUAUGUGUUUGAUUGUCCAAACCUAGCACGUUUUGCAGUCAAAGUCCUCAGCCAGACAUGCAGUGCUAGUGGAUGCGAAAGGAACUGGAGUGUGUUCCAACAUAUCCACAGCAAAAAAAGGAAUAGGCUCGAACAUAAAAGGUUGAAUGACCUUGUCUUUGUUCGAUAUAAUAUGAGGUUGAAACAAAGAGAAUUAGAAAAAUCAUUAGCAAGGAAGCACACAUCUUAGUUCGAUCCUAUCAGCUUGGAAAAUUUUGACGAUCUAGAGCCAUGGAUUGAAGAAGAACCAGCUACAAUAUUUGAUGAUGAAGAUCUUGAAUGCUUCAACCUUGAAGUUGAAGCAACAGAAGGCUUUGUUGAUGAAGGAGAGUCUGCUACUGCUGGUGCUGGUGCUGAAUAUGUUGGUGAAGAUCUUCCAAUUCUUGACGAUGAAGAAGAAGAAGAAGAAGAAGAAGAUGAAGAUGAUGAAGAUUAUGAAUGAUGAAUCAUGAAUGAGAGUCAAGUCAAGAGUGCUUUCAUUUUAUAUGUAUCAAAAACUUAAGAGUUAUGAAUCUAUGGUUGUUGAACACUUGAUUGAAUGUUUUAUCAUUUAUGACUUUAUCACUUUAUGGCUUA